UUAGGGUUUUCAUCCUCCAAAAUAUCUCCAACUUCAUCGCCAAAAUGGUGACUCUACCGAUAGAGAUCAUCUCUCGGAUUCUGUUUUUUGUCUUGAAUAGUCCACAAAAAAAGCGUAGUAAACAGAAACCUUCCCCCGUCAAACUCGCCCCCUACACAACAAUCUCUCGCCAAUGGCAGGCCGCCGUGGAGCCACUGAUUUGGCGCCACAUGGGUGUAUAUCAGUCACUGGGUAAACUACAGGAGUUUACAACAGGCAGAUCAGAUCGACGGGCCAGGGUGGCCUAUAUCCGGAAACUAAUCUGGUCACCGGAUAUCGACUGGAGUGAUGUGGGCGACAGAACAGAGGGAGAUGAUACGCUGAAAGCGACUGUCCUCCCGGUGUCGUAUAAUCGGCAAAUUUGCAGUCAAUUGAGAAUUCUCUUUGAUAUGCUGGACGGAUGGAAAGACCGGCAAUCGAAUCUUGAAUUAUCGCUUUCCGUCAGCGAUGAAGAGUAUGCGUGUGAGACAGAUAUGGACACCACCCUCGAGGAAAUGGCAUCCUUUACGACGAACGAUCUCUGGAGGCGAGCUUGGAUUCCUCAUUUUUUCCAGGUGACAGAGGAUAAUGUCAAGGAUCUGCCGAUACUCCCCUUUGUCACAUCGUUCACCAUGGAUGACGAUCGUAACACUCUAUCUCCAUCGGCUUUCUUCCACAUGCUCUCGCGUUUUCCUCGUGUCAGUCAUAUUUCGGCCGCAGAGAGUGGGGAUCCCCCUAGCGCUGCUAUUCUAGGUCUUCGCGAGCGACGACAAGAUGUCAUCAAGUGUCUGCCUCUGGUACCAGACACAGUCAACACAUUCAAAUACCAGGUUGGUUAUGUAAGGGAAUUAGCACCAACUCCUGCCUACAGUGCAGCCAACUAUCUAUACAACGGUCUCGAUCAGUUCUCUAUCGCCCUGAGAACACUGAGCAUGCGCCUUCGCGAACUUCGCCUAGAAUAUGUCCGAGUCAGCAGCUCUCUCUUUUGGCCUUCUCAAGAUGAAGGCACUAGCCAAACAGCUCCAUGCUGGCCCAACCUCGAGGUCCUGGAAGUUCUUGAAGUACCACCAAACACACCCGACGGAACAUGGAUGAUCCGCGAAGAACCCGGCAAAAUAUGGAAUGAUGGAGAACUCCACCUACCAGGCUGGGAAUACGAGACCUACUACUUCGGCCCACUGGGUAUUAUCAACAGCCACGAAGUCGACAAACUGUAUAUCGCCAUCGCCAAAGCAGCACACCAAAUGCCACGACUGAGGCGGUUGUAUCACUUAUUCAGAGGCGAGUACGAGAGCAGCGAAUGGCUGGAAUUUGAGCGGGAUGACACUGGAAGUGCACGGUUGUCUAUCAAUAGCCAAUUUGAGUAUGAGAUUGGGGAGGGGGUUAUCGCGGCAUGGGGGUUAGGAGAAAUGGCAGAUGAGUUCAAGAAGCGUCACCAUAUUACGAUGGAGAGAUGGCCUGUUCAUGAUGUCUAGGAUUUCCAUUGUGUGUUGAUAAGGCGGAUAUUUCAUUAAUUUUUUAGACGUGUCUGCAGGGGUUGACAGAAGAAAAUACCCCUCCCAUGUCAUCAUUACCCUAACAGCAGUCAUCAAAAUGGGCCAUUUACCAUCGCCAACAUAACUGCACAUUCUCUUAUCGCGAAUCCUCAUUGGCAACAAAUACGCCGCAAACCUGAUUCUCGAUCACAG